AUGUCUUCUCAACGGGAUCUGUAUGAACCGAAGAACAUCCUCAUAACCGGUGCUGCCGGCUUCAUUGCGUCCCACGUAACCAACCGGCUGAUCAAGAACUAUCCCAAUUACAAGAUUGUGGCGCUCGACAAGAUAGAUUACUGCUCCAGCCUCAAGAAUCUAAGCCCUUCUUACCAAUUCUCAAACUUCAAAUUUGUUAAGGGCGAUGUCUGCAGCUAUGAUCUUGUCAAUUACAUAGUGGUUGCAGAGGACAUUGACACCAUCAUGCAUUUCGCCGCCCAAACUCAUGUAGAUAAUUCCUUUGGCAAUUCAUUUGAAUUCACCAAUAACAAUAUAUACGGCACUCACGUUCUGUUGGAAGCUUGUAAAGUAACUAAACAAAUCCGGAGGUUCAUUCAUGUUAGUACAGACGAAGUUUACGGGGAGACUGAUUUGGAGACUGACAUCGGCAAUCCUGAGGCUUCUCAGCUUCUUCCCACCAAUCCUUAUUCUGCCACCAAGGCUGGAGCUGAGAUGCUGGUCAUGGCUUACCGCCGGUCUUACGGCCUUCCCACGAUCACCACCCGGGGUAAUAACGUGUACGGCCCGAAUCAGUUUCCCGAAAAGCUUAUUCCAAAGUUCAUUCUCCUGGCCAUGAAGGGAGAGCGUUUGCCGAUUCACGGUGAUGGUUCGAAUGUGAGGAGCUAUCUGUAUUCAGAGGAUGUUGCCGAGGCAUUUGAUGUGGUGCUCCACAAAGGAGUGAUUGGGCAUGUGUACAAUGUUGGCACCAAGAAGGAGAAGCGAGUGUUGGAUGUAGCCAAGGACGUAUGCGGGCUUUUCGGGCUGAAUUCUGAAGAGUAUAUUGAGUUUGUGCAGGACAGGCCCUUUAAUGACAAGCGCUACUUCUUGGAUGAUCAAAAGCUCAAAAGGCUGGGGUGGGAGGAAAGGACUCCAUGGGAGGCUGGACUGAAGAUGACAAUGGAAUGGUAUACUAAGAACUCGGAUUGGUGGGGCGAUGUGAGUGCUGCUCUUCACCCACAUCCACGAGUUUCAAUGAUUGGUCCUUCCAACGAUGACGGCUACUUCCUACAGUACACCAAGCGAGGUGAAAGCAAUGGUAUGAAAAUUUUGAUAUAUGGAAGAACUGGUUGGAUAGGCGGCUUGUUGGGAAAACUGUGCAAGGAUGAUGGCAUACCAUUUGACUAUGGGAGGGGAAGAUUAGAAGAUAGGAGUUCACUGAUUGAGGAUAUAAGAAGAGUGAAACCUACCCAUGUUUUUAAUGCGGCUGGGGUUAUAGGAAGGCCUAAUGGUGACUGGUGUGGAACACACAGGGUGGAAACCAUUAGAGCUAAUGUGGUGGGGGCUUUAACCUUGGCUGAUGUUUGCAAAAAUAGAGGUAUGCUAAUGAUAAAUUUUGCAACUGGGUGCAUAUUUGAGCAUGAUGCAGAGCAUCCACAAGGCUUGGGCACUGGUUUCAAGGUAGACUACAAACCAAAUUUUGCAGGCUCCUUCUACUCCAAGACCAAAGCCAUGGUGGAGGAGUUGUUAAAAGAAUACGACAAUGUAUGUAAUCUAAGAGUCAGAAUGCCGAUAUCAUCAAACCUUGACAACCUGAGAAAUUUUAUCGCGAAGAUCACUCGUAAUGGCAAAGCUGUGAACAUAGCAAGUAGCAUGACGGUACUGGAUGAGCUCCUACCAAUCUCAAUCGAAAUGGCGAAGCGAAAUUGUAGAGGAAUAUGGAACUUCACCAACCCUGGAGUCAUUAGCCACAACGAGAUCCUGGAGAUGUACAGGGAUUACAUAGACCCGGAGUUCAAAUGGGCCAACUUUGAUUUGGAAGAACAAUCAAAGCUAAUAGCAGGACAAAGGAGCAACAGUGGCAUGGACGCCUCAAAGCUAGAGGAGGAGUUCCCCAGCUUGUUGUCAAUUAAAGAUUCAAUCAAAAAGUUCGUCUUUGAACCAAACAAGAAAACUUGAAUCCUCGAUCGGUGCGAUUGCUCCAAUUACAGAGGUGGUGAUUGAAGUUGAAGGGCUCCAAUUAUUUGAAGUAGACAAUACAAUUAUUAUUCUAGUGAGAUUUAAGCAUUAGUCCCCACAAUUAAAAUUUAGCACUCUUGCUUCUUAUUACAGUGACACUGUUUUUGUAACAAAGGUUGAUGAUAUUCUGUUUUACUUUUUGUGUAAGUUUUGUUUGUGUUUUAUUUUAUGGAAUCAUUCAGCUUAUAGAGAGAGCAUUGGAAAGUUGAUGAUA